GCAUCGGGCCCCCAGGCGGGGCGACAGGCAUCGGGCCCCCAGGAGGGGCGACAGGCAUCGGGCCCCCAGGCGGGGCGACAGGCAUCGGGCCCCCAGGCGGGGCGACAGGCAUCGGGCCCCCAGGUGGUGCGACAGGUCUCGGGCCCUCAGGCGGGAGCGGCGGGCGCCGGACCCCCAGGUGGAGCGACAGGUCUCGGGCCCCUCAGGCGGAGCGGCGGGCGCCGGACCCCCAGGUGGAGCGACAGGUCUGGGCCCUCAGGCGGAGCGGCGGGCGCCGGACCCCCAGGUGGAGCGACAGGUCUCGGGCCCUCAGGCGGAGCGGCGGGUGCCGGACCCCCAGGUGGAGCGACAGGUCUCGGGCCCUCAGGCGGAGCGGCGGGCGCCGGACCCCCAGGUGGAGCGACAGGUCUCGGGCCCUCAGGCGGAGCGGCGGGCGCCGGACCCCCAGGUGGAGCGACAGGUCUCGGGCCCCCAGGCGGAGCGACAGGUCUCGGCCCC